AAGGUCCUUGGUCCCUCGAUGCUCCCAAGCGCAGCAUACGCCUACUAACCCUUACGAUGAGAGUCAUCCAGUUCCUCAACUUUCUUCUGUGGGUGGCCUGGGCAAGCGCACAGACUCAGACGGUUCCAGACGCUGCAGGUGCUACAGUUGUGGAAGUCCUGACGACGGAUGCACGUGGUGCAGCGGCGACAUCGAUUCUAUCCACCCUCUCGCCGUCGACGACGACGAACUCGCUACUAAAUCAACUGACACAAACAACGGCGACAGCAACAACAUCCACGCCAGCCGGAGGAGGAGGGGUAGUGGAGCAACCAGCUUCGGAGGCACUUACACCAGGCGGUCCUACACCUUACACAUAUACCACCACCAAUGCUCUUGGUGAGACCGUAACCAUGGAGGGGAUUUUCACGCCUACGGGGCCUGCGACUGUACUGCCUACUCCGACGACAACGGGAACGAUUCUCAACUAUUCGUCAUGGCUGGCGAUGGUGGGCACCAAUACGGUAGCAGCAAAUGCAGCUGGCCGUAUAUCCUUGUCGAUAGCCACUGGCUGGUAUUGCCUCGUGGUGAUGGUCAUGACCGGGCUGGCGAGUGGUACAUGGAUUGUCAUAUCGUGAUACUGUCGUUGAACAUAGACAUUUUUGGACAGCUGGUCCAUCCCACCUACGUACCCACCUGGGGAUUCAUAAGGACACUUUCCGCAACCCUCAACCAAGCAUGGCAACCUUGGUUGUCCGGGCUAUGUUUAUAUACCUAGUAGGAUACUUUAGUACUGCCAUCAAUCGUUUUGACCGCACAUAUGAACACCAAGCUGUCCAGGAGAACAAGCAAGUUACCAAGCAUUCCAGAAAUGUAU